AUGAGUGACGACUAAGAAUAGUAAACAGCUUAACAGUAGUAGUAAGUUUCGCAGCCAAAUUUCGAAGUAAAAAGAGAAUAGGGGCACGACUAAAAACAUGAGGAGAUCCAGGACUCCCAAAUGGUUGAUUAACAUAAACAUUUAGAGGAUUAAAAUCAUAAUCUCGCUAAUCUCAAAGCAGAAGAUUCGCAUUAAGUUCUAUCUUAAAUGAGAUUGAAAGCGGAAUAGGUUACAAAUCAAUACAAUAAAGAUCAUCAUAAUAAUGCUUAGCAACUAGAUGCUGAAAUGGAUGAAAACAAUGAUUAGAUAAUGGAUAGCAGAAAUAGGUUUGAGGGUGGAUAGUAAGAAUAAUUGAUGGAUUAAAGAAACAUGAUCGCUGAUCAGAUUUAUGAUGGUCAAAUGGGUUUAGAGUUUUAAGAAAAUAAAAUAAACUAAAAAGCAAUUGAUUCAAGUAAUGGCAUCUUGCACGGCGCACUCUCUUCUGCCGAUAGCCACGCUUAUUAGGUAAAUCCAGAAUCUCAUUAGCAAUAGGAGGGGCAGUGCCAACAAUAGAUGUCAAGUCUGUAGUAGCAAUAGUAGUAGGACAGUGACGAUGAAGGUGUGAUUUCAACAAGCGUAAGAAAUAUUUAGCAAACUCCUUAUCAAUCUAAAUAAAACUCAGUAUCAGGCGUUAAUGUCAAUAACAAUGGACUAGGGUAGCAGCGCUUGUCCUAGUAGAAUUUAUCUCCAGGCAUGGGUAACAUCCAAGGACUUCAAGGGUCGAGUGGAAUUAGCAAUGGUCAGUCAGCUAUGUAUUAGGGUGGUUAAAGUACUCCAGCAACAGCCAAAACGAUUAAAGCAUUCUUAGAUAACAUUAAGAAAGGAGAUAUCCAGCUAGUCAAGACUGAAAUGGAGAAGCUCGGCUUAGACAUUACUAAUCUCUACGAUGAGAACUAUAGACACAAUGCGAUAUUCUAUGCACUAAAUAUUAAAGACCCCAUUCUGUCUUAAAAAAUGAUUGAAUAUUUAACAUCUUUAGGAGUAGAUUCAACAGCAAAUGAUUCUUUAAAUCAAACACCAUUGUUUUAUGCUUCUAGGGAUGGGCGUGCUUAACUUGUUGAGUACUUCCUCAAACAAGGUUGCUUGCCAAACCACAUCGAUACUAAUGGACAAACUUCUAUAUUUUAUGCAGCCAGGGAAGGCCAUUUAGAAGUUUGCAAAAAACUUGUUUAAUGCGGAGCCGAUUGUGACCUAGUAGAUAAUAAUGGCCAAACCCCUAUUUAUUAUGCAGCAAGAGGGAGGAAAUACGACACAGUGCAAUUCCUUAUAUAGAACGGUGCUGAUGUCAAUCAUGAGGACAAGAAAUUCCAAACUCCCCUUAUGAUAGCCAAAAGAACAAAUGCUUAGUAAAUAGUCAACCUUUUAAUUGCUCAUGGUGCCAAAGCAAUCGAUGAUCUCAGAAAAUAAAAGAAAUAGAAAAACUUAGCCCAAACUCCAGCAUUGUAAGAGCCGAGUUAAAUCUAGAAUUAAUAGGCUCAAAAUAUGAAUAGUUAAAAUUUAAAGAAGAAUCCAACAACGGGUGGAUAGGAGAGAAAACAAGCUAAAAGAUAUGUUCUUACAGUCUUAAAAGACGGCGCCUGGGAGCCUCUCUCAAAUGAAGAACUUGAUAAAUUUGAGGCCUAAUAUCCAGACAUAGCAAAAUUUUGGAAAGAACAGUCUAAUUUAGACCAACUUUAGUUGCCUAGAUUCCCUGAAAAUGCACCUAUUUAUGAAUCAUGGGACAAGGCUGCCAAGAGAUUAAUCUCAACUAUUUGGAAAUUCAGCUCAUCCUGGAUAUUUCAUGAGCCCGUUGAUCCAGUUAAACAUGGGGUACCAGAUUAUUUCAAUGUCAUUAAGAACCCAAUGGAUUUUGGAACGAUAAGGCAGCGCCUUAAUUCAAAUUACUAUCACAGAAUGUAAGAAUUCUUAGAUGAUAUGCAACUGGUUUUUGACAAUUGUCUUAAAUUCAAUGGAGAUGAUACUAGCGUUGGUAAAAUAUGUAAAGGAGUUAGAGACGAAUUCAAGAGACUAUAUGACUAACUUAAUAUUGAAUUUUAUCUUAACUGA